AUGGGUAUUUUUCUUUUAGAGCCUAUUGAUUUCAAUCCAAACAGUGGCUGUUUAUUUUGUAUUAGCCGACAAGAACAUUCCGUUAAAAUAGGAUCAUCAAAAAGUACCUGCAAAACAAGUAUCAAACAGGAAACAACUGAUGAAAAUCGUCGACUAUCAAACCAUGAUCCAUCAACGGGAGAUCCUGUGAAUGCGAUUCUUCGUGAUGAACCAUUGGAUCUCAGUUUGAAACAUGCAUUAUCAAAUGAGCACAUUCUACCAACAACUGCUACAAAUGAUAAGUGGGUCGACAAGCACACAUCCUUAGAUUUCAAGUCAGAUAUAAAAAAAUUAUGCUCUCAAGAAGAAUUAGAUCGUGCAUUAACCUGUAUUUUAUCAGAAAAAAUUGAUUAUUCACGUCCAUUACAAUCUUCAAAAUCAUUUUCGAAUAAAAGAGUAAUUGAAACAUUGUUCAAUAAUCUUUAUACGUUGUCCGAUGAUCCAUUAUUACCAUUCCUAUCUCCGACAUCAUUGACAACUGCAUUUUCUACCGCUUCAUCAUUAUCCGGGAUUGAAUCAAGCAAGAAUGGCGAAGCAAAUUCUUUUUAUCCACCACAUUUGAACAAAAAUAACGGAAAUUUGAAUCCAAGUAUUACAAAGUUAGCAAAAAAAAUGGCAUCUGAACGUUUGACUCAGGAAGUUGAUUUUCUUCGAUCAAAUAGUCAGUCAUCAUGUCUGAAUGAAACACCGCCUUACACACCAUUGUCCUCCUCAUCUCUUUCAAUUACGCCAUCAACAAUAAAAGCGUCUGCGUCUUGUUCAGCCUUGUCAACAUCACCGAAGAAAAAUCGUUCUUCAAAUCGUUACUCACACUCUAACUUAAGCGAAAAUGAAAAAAUUUCUUCUCUAUUAAACGGCGUUAUGAAUCAUGUCUUACAAGAAAUGUUUGAACAAAGUAAACAAAAUGUGUCUGUUGAGAAUUUGAAAUAUAAGUCAACAAAAUUCAGAAAAGAUGAGCCAUUAUUUAUCAAAAAGAAAAUUGACAUAACAACAACAACACCCUCGUCUGCAUCACAAAUUACAAUGAAAAAACCAGUUAAUGGUGGAAAAUUAUCAAAUGGAAACUAUGAUCAUUCACAAUCAAUACUAAACAAUUUAUUAAGGUCAAAAUUAGAUGGAAAACCGAAUUCUACAAACAACUCUUCACGAAAAAUUUCACUUCCAACAAAAUCAAAACGCUCACUAAAUGAGCUGCAACAACAACCAAUAGUAAAACGUGUAAAAUUACAAGAUGAUAACAGGACAAUAUAUGAUCGACAAUCGCCAACAUCUUCGUCCUCAUCUAGUUGUUCUUCUCAGUCGCCAUCAUUUAAGUCCACAAAAUCACGAUCAUCAAAUUCACUUAAUGCUAGAAGUAAAAUAAUUAUUGGAAAUGAUGGAAGACAAAUUAGACCAAAAAGAGGUCAAUAUCGUCGUUAUGAAUCAGGACAAUUGGCGAAAGCCGUUGCUGCCGUUUUAAGCAAUGAAAUGAGUGUUCAUAAGGCUGGAAGCUAUUUCGGUGUUCCACACAGUACGUUGGAAUACAAAGUCAAAGAACGUAAUUCAAAAACAAAGAAUAAAAUAACUGAGGAUACUCCAGUUAUUGACUGUUCUAUGACUGAUUCUCCCACAGUUGUUCAAUCAACUAGUGAAGAACAAAAAAGUCCUCCAUCGAAUUUAGUAUCAUCUUCCUUUGGAAAUAAUGGCAUUAUACCAUCACAUCUGUCAAAAUUAUGUUCAGACACAAUGUCACAGCAAAAAUCUUCAUCAACUAUUCGAUCAGUCAGUACAUCGAAUGAUGUGUUUCAAGAUCAACAAUCUCCUUCACCAUUAGAGCCAAGUACAAUUAUACCUGAUUUAGUAUUAUCAGAUUAUACAUUCUUACCCACUAAACUAAAACAUUUGAGCAAUAAUAGUAGUAAUGAAUCAUUAGAACAGACAUCAAUAAAUGAUAAAAAUAAUAAUGAAACAAAAAUUACUGCUGAAACUAAUAAUAUUCAAUCUUAG